AGUACCGCCCAUGGUAUAUGGUAAAUUGACGGUUAUCUCUAGCAGAUUAUUUUGGACAAUUGCUUUGGUAAAUUGAUGUUCGGUUAUUUCUUUAAAGUAUGAACGCCAGACACGCUGGAUAAAGACGAAUAUUUUUGUUAAAAAUCGUAUGUUGUGUACUAAGUGCCCCCAGUUUAUUGGAAGGAUGGAAACUCUGAUUCCCACCAUCAACCGGCUUCAGGAGGUUUUCCUCACAGUGGGUGCAGAGGUUGUACAGCUGCCUCAAAUAGUCGUUGUUGGAUCUCAGAGCAGUGGAAAAAGCUCUGUGUUGGAGAGUCUGGUUGGACGGGAUUUCUUACCUCGAGGAUCAGGAAUAGUGACAAGACGACCUCUGGUGUUGCAGCUUGUUCAUGUUGCUCCUCUGGAAGAGAGACUGAAGAUUGAAAAUGGAAAUGGGGUAAAACAAAAUGCCCAAAUCAGCUACCCAGGUGUCAAAGCUGAAGAAUGGGGUACAUUUCUUCAUUGCAAGAACCAGAUUUUCACAGAUUUCCAAGAAAUCCGGCGAGAAAUAGAAACAGAGACUGAUCGCAGUUCAGGAGAAAACAAGGGAAUCAGCCCUGAGCCCAUAUAUUUGAAGAUUUUCUCCCCCAAGGUCCUAAAUCUCACUCUGGUUGAUUUACCUGGAAUUACUAAGGUUCCUGUUGGGGACCAGCCGGAGGACAUUGAAGCUCAAGUACAGGAGAUGAUCUUAUCUUUCAUCUCCAAUCCAAACUCCCUCAUCCUCGCAGUGUCCCCUGCCAACUCUGACUUGGCUACAUCUGAUGCGCUGAAAUUGGCUCGUGAGGUUGAUCCAGAUGGUCGUCGAACGCUGUUGGUGGUCAGUAAGCUGGACCUGAUGGAUGCGGGCACAGAUGCUUUAGAGGUUCUUCUAGGUCGUGUCAUUCCAGUCAGGCUUGGAAUAAUUGGGGUGGUUAACAGGAGCCAGCAUGACAUCAAUACUCAGAAGAGCUUGGAGGACUCAACGCGGGAUGAGCAGGCUUUCCUGCAACGUCACUACCCUUCGCUUGCCUCGCGGGCUGGUUCACGUUAUUUGGCCAAGACUCUCAGUAGAUUGCUCAUGCACCACAUCCGGGACUGCCUACCAGAACUCAAAACCCGAGUGACCGUACUGAGUGCCCAGUACCAGGCACGGCUUCACAGCUAUGGUCAGCCCGUAGAGGACCACAGUGCCACACUGCUGCAGAUUGUCACCAAGUUUGCCAGCGAUUAUUGCAACACCAUAGAGGGGACAGCAAGGCACAUCCAAACCUCAGAACUCUGUGGGGGUGCUCGGAUCUGUUACAUAUUCCAUGAAACCUUUGGCCGGACAUUGCAGUCCAUCGACCCCCUUGGAGGGCUGACUGAGCUUGAUAUCCUGACUGCGAUCCGCAAUGCCACAGGACCACGGCCAGCGCUUUUUGUGCCUGAGGUGUCUUUUGAGUUGUUGGUGAAGCGGCAAAUUAAGCGGCUGGAGGAGCCCAGUUUACGCUGUGUAGAGCUUGUCCAUGAAGAACUACAGAGGAUCAUCCAGCACUGCUCUUCUUUUAGCACACAGGAACUUCUACGAUUUCCGAAACUUCAUGAUUCCAUUGUGGAAGUUGUUACAGGAUUACUGAGGAAGCGCUUGCCGAUCACUAAUGAAAUGGUUCACAAUUUAGUGGCAAUAGAACUUGCUUAUAUCAACACAAAGCAUCCAGACUUCACAGAUGCUGCACAGGUCUCAGCAUCUGUCAACAGUCAGCAGGCAGAGGCACUUGAUGGUGGGAAACGCUGGAAGAAUGAGAAGACUGGGGAAGAGAAAACCCUGGCUCCAGGUUUCAGCAGCCCCAGCAAAGGCCAGGCCAUUAACCUUCUUGACACAGCGGUGCCUGUGUCCCGCAAGCUGAGUGCAAGAGAACAGAGGGACUGCGAGGUCAUCCAGCGUCUCAUCAAGUGCUACUUCCUCAUCGUCCGCAAAAGCAUCCAAGACAGUGUGCCAAAGACAGUGAUGCACUUCUUGGUGAACUUUGUGAAAGAGCAUCUGCAGAGUGAGCUGGUGGGUCAACUUUACAAACAGCCACUACUGCAGGAGUUGCUCAUUGAGUCACAGGACACGGCACAGCAGAGGACUGAAGUUGCUCAGAUGCUUGAGGCUCUUAAAAAAGCCAAUAAUAUCAUCUCUGAGAUCCGGGAGACCCAUCUGUGGUAGCCAGAGGAAACGACAGUUCCCUUGUCACAGGACUGCUGAGAGUAUGAGUGUAUGUGAGUCUGCAGCAGAAUGACUGAGAGAGAAUUUGUGUGUGUGUAUAUGUGGCAGUGCCACUGUUAUCUCAUAGACCAAUGACCAUAGCACAUUAAGAUCUUUCACCUGUCACCUACUGCCCAUUAUUAUUACACUGCGGCUGUGAACUGUUUCACUGUGAACAUUGCGUAGUGACAGUAAAUAAUUAAACACUUAGUCCAAAAGUGUUUCUGCAGUUAUUGUAAACUUGGGCAAGAUGUGAAGGAGACAGCUGUGAACAAAAUAUUUUACAUCAUUUGGUGAGUAAAUGUUUGUUGGGUCUCAAGAUUGUUGCUGUAAAUGUAAAAUGUGAAAUAUAAUAUGGGCUAUUUAAGUUGUUCUUCAGGGUACAUUAUCGGUCAAAGUCCACAUUUUCCACAAACUGGGCCUCAUGUAAGUCCCUGCAGGUGCUAAAAAUACAGAAUAUAUGUGUCUGUCUACAUUCGUUUUCUGUUGGAGCAACACUCACUCACCAGAGAUGAAAAGAAGUGAAAAUCCAGCUCAAUCGAUGUAGACUGCAAUGCAACACUGAAGACAGAACCUGGUCAAUUUCAGAACUGAAAUGCAGACUGUUUUUCCAUGUGUUAUACUAAUCAAUGCCAACUUAUUUUUCCACAGUCACCUAUACAGCACAUAUCUUAUUUAUACUCUUUCAGGUCUGUGUGUGGUUAUUAUUGAAGUGAACAAACAUCUACAAAACAGACAUUCCUUCUGGUUGUGGUUUUUAGGAGAUUACAUAUGGAUAGCUAUAGUGUAGGUGAAUGUUUAUCAUUAAAUUUAGUCAACAAUAAUGACUUUGUGUGAUUGAAAGUGAGCAAAGUUAACUUUACCACAACAGAUUUCUAGCAUAAUUUGUCAGAUUUUAUAUCUAUAUGUUGAAUUUAACUGAUAUGUAGAUUCUGUUUACCCUCUCAGACCACAAAUGAGCUGUUUUCCACUUUUAAUAGUAAAAGCAAGAUGAUAUCAGUAACUUUCAUGAAGACAAAUUACCCCGGGCAGUGAGAGAUCUGUUUGGAGAAGCCUCCUGCAUGCAAGUUUUUUCAUUUCCCCAUGUUGUAAUAUAUCAUACUCAGUCCCUGAAUGAGCAGUAAUCUUACAUGUUCAUUUUGUGCCCAUAAUCAUUUAAUGGUAUAAUAUCUAAAUUGUUUUACCUCUUCUAAUAUGUUCCCUACCGAGAGACAAAGUAAAUGGUUUAAUAUAAAAUGAGGCUUUUUCCUUAAGGCCUGCCUUAGGAAGACGAAGAAUUAGUAACUCCGAUUUUUUUUUUCUGUGAUCAGAGAGUGAACAUAACUUCUGCAUCUGUCUUUCUGAAAGCCCUCUAUGUUUGCAUGUGUGAAAGUACGAAUGAAUGGUCUAUGUAAGUUUUGUAUUUAAAUGUAUAUUAUCAUGUGUCAACUGCCUCUGAGUUCUUGCCUGCCAAUGUUUGUGAUACUUGUUUCCUGAAUGAAGUCUAUUGAGAUUGGAGGGAUUUAUUAAACCCCAACCAAGGACAAU